AUGGCUAGCUUCAUCGCAAAAUUCAUCACGAAGAAGAUUCUCAAGGAGAGAGUGCAAAACAAUUUCGGCACUGAGGACCCUUACUUUGAGACCGUCCCAGCAACGCGCCUAGAUGGCAGGCCUACGGACAAGGUCAAGAAGCGGCCCAAAGCCCUACCACCUGGCGUGUCCAAGCACGAUGGCAAGGUGCUUACCAAAGUAAAGAGAAGAGCUUGGCGGCUGGACAUGUGCUUGUUUAGUCUUUGCGGUGUACGCUUCGGUUGGGGUAGUGCCAUCGGCCUUAUUCCUGCCAUCGGCGACGCCAUUGAUGCGUUGAUGGCUCUCAUGGUUUUCCGCACCUGUUGUAAGGUCGAGGGCGGCUUACCUCAGGGUGUGAAGACAAAGAUGAUAUUCAACAUCAUUGUUGACUUUGCUCUCGGCCUGGUUCCAUUUGUUGGCGACAUGUUCGAUGCCGCCUUCAGAUGCAACACGAAGAACGCGGUUCUCCUCGAAUCAUAUCUGAGGGAGAAGGGCAGGAAGAACCUCAGACAGAGUGGUGCCCCAAUUCCGGAAAUAGAUCCCAGCGACAGUGUCAUCUUUGACCAACGAAGAAGGGAUGAUCCCGACUCUGACGGCUCUGCUCAUGUGGACCGCCAACCACAGCGCAACGGCACCAUGUCGUCACGGCCUAAUGGUACUCGACGUCAUGAUCGCACUGCGGAGCCGACAGUCCCGGCUACUACCAAAGUUCGUGAUACCGGCCGUUCGGGCUGGUUCAACUUCGGUCGAGGCAGGGCGACGGAUCUUGAGGCUGGCGGCGACAACAUUGCCGACAGAUCUACGGUUCCGACACGUCACCAGUCCAACAACGAACGCGGUAGGGAAAUCUGA